GCGUAAAUAAAGGCGCGAAAAACCGAACUGCGCAGGCGUACAGCCUUGGCACGCUGUAAAAUUCGAACAGCAGGGAGGGCGCGCCCAAAAUGUGGUCUCUGGACGAGACCCAUCUUACGCUACUGAAGGUGGGGUGGCGUAAGAAAAGGCGGAACACAGGGCGCUGUCCCGCGGAGUCGCGGGAAGAAAGAGAAAGCGUACCCAGAGCGCGCAUGCGCAUUGUCAGUCAGUGGACGUUUGGAGAGACUGGCGGAAGUAAGCUUUGCAAUAUGGCGGCCGAGGCAGACGGGGCGCUUAAGCGGCUGUUGGUGCCGCUUCUUUUACCUGAGAAAUGCUACGACCAAAUUUUUGUCCAGUGGGACUUGCUUCACGUCCCCUGCCUCAAGAUUCUCCUCAGCAAAGUCCUGGGGCUGAGCCUUGUGGCUGGAUCACUUCUGGUAAAACUGCCCCAGGUGUUUAAAAUCCUGGGAGCCAAGAGCGCAGAAGGAUUGAGUCUCCAGUCAGUAAUGCUGGAGCUAGUGGCAUUGACUGGGACCAUGGUCUACAGCAUCACCAACAACUUCCCUUUCAGCUCUUGGGGUGAAGCCCUGUUCCUGAUGCUCCAGACCAUCACCAUCUGCUUCCUGAUCCUGCACUACAGAGGACAAACUGUGAAAGGUGUUGCUUUCCUGGCCUGCUACGCCCUGGUCCUGCUGGUGCUGCUUUCACCACUGACUCCCCUGGCUGUAGUCACCCUGCUCCAGGCCUCCAAUGUGCCUGCUGUGGUGGUGGGAAAGCUGCUCCAGGCAGUCACCAACUACCGCAACGGGCACACAGGCCAGCUCUCAGCUGUCACAGUCUUUCUGCUCUUUGGGGGCUCCCUGGCCAGAAUCUUCACCUCCAUUCAGGAAACUGGAGAUCCUCUCAUGGCUGGAACCUUUGUUGUCGCUGCCCUCUUCAACGGCCUCAUUGUUGCCCAGCUCCUCUUCUACUGGAAUGCAAAGGCUCCCCACACGAAAAAGGAAUAGGGCUGAGCUGGCUACGAGAGUCCAUUCCAUGUUUCUAUUCAUCCAUCCAACCUCAGGGUCCUCCCAUCUGAACCAGUGUGCUGGUGUGACUUUUAAUCAUCUGCCAUUCUUCUGCCAAUUGCAACCUCUUGGAUCAGGGUUUGUUCAUUAGGAAGGAUGGGGGUAGAGAUUUUCAGGGUAAUAUUUUGAUUUAUUUUGUGCUGUCCUGUGCAUGUACUAUUAAUUCACCUAAUCAUUUGGCUGAGAUUUUUCCUUUAGCAGCAAUUUUCAGCUACUUACCUAUUCUGGGCAAGUCUUGCCCUGUUCUCCUGUCUUCUCACUUUCCUUCUGGCCCUACAGGACAGACCCUGGACAGUGGAAGAGACUAAGGGGCUUGUGGCUUCUCCCUCCCUCAGCCUGGCUGGGACUGACUCCUGGACCCCAGUGCUGGGUGGGGGAAGGGGGACGGAGAAUGACUCAGGCAGGGCCCCGGGGUGGGGUGGAGGUUCCUGCUCUGGCAGGUCCAGGCGGAAGGGAGUGGAGAGCGCGCUGGUUCCUGCUGCAGUGAGGGGAACAGAAAUGGGGCAAUAAAGACACAGAGACAUGG